AUGUCACGAGUUAAAGACCUGCUGGUAAAGCUUGGAGCUGUAUGCCAAAGAUCAUACAGCAGCGUUCAGGCGUGGGGCGCUGACGCAUCGAGCAGUUCCAGCUGCUUUUUCCGGAGCAUCGCCUCCUCAUCAAGCGCACCCUGGCGGACCUGCAGCUUACAACACACGCAGAUGAGCUGGUCCAACCCAUUCCUCGACGGCUCUUUAUAUAGAUCAUUUGCCAGCCAGCGACCUCCGCAGCAGCCACCACAGCUUGGCAGUGGGACACGCCCCAGCCCACCCAACUACUACGUGAGCCUCGGAAAUUUGCGAGACAACCCUGGAGCUACGCGGCAGCGCAUCCGCGUGGGCCGUGGUGAUGCCGGCAGGAGGAACAAGUACGCGGGCCGCGGCAUGAAGGGCCAGAAGUCUAGAGGUGGGCCCCACAUGCUGUUCGACGGUGGCCAGCUGGGUCUGCUCAAGUUCCCUGUGACGCGGCAGCGACCCAACUACGAGGUCUUGUACUACCAGCUUGGCCUCAGUCGGGUGUUGGAGUACGUGCAGCUGGGGUUGCUGGAUUCCAGCCGUACAAUCACCAUGAAGGAUCUAUACGACACGGGCUGCGUGACCAGCAAGAUCAAGUACGGCGUCCUCCUGUACGGCAAGGCGCGGCUCACAUUUCCCCUGGACAUUCAGGUAACCGCGUGCAAUCUGGACACGAGAGGCUGUGUGGAGUCCGCGGGAGGUCGCAUCACCAGGGUUUAUUACACGAUGGAGGGCCUGGGGGCGAUCCUGCAUCCCGAGACGUAUACCAGCCGCCGCCUGCCGCUGCCGCUUCCCGCCGCUGGCUGGCAUCCCAAGCACGACAAGAAAUUUGACGCCAUUGGGCAGAUCCCGCCGGCGGUUCGGCACAACGUGCUUGCACUGGCGCCCACGCCGCCGGUGCCGAUGUCGACUACCGCGAGUCCCCCUGCUGCUGCCACCGCCGCUAAGGCGUGA